AUGGCUGCAAAAUUUGUCGAUAUCGAUGAACAAAACCCUACGAAACGUUUUUCGGAUUUAGUGGGGGAACCUUGUCGAAUGUUGAUGCCUAUAGAAGGCUAUGAGAAAAAGCCUCUUGUUACACUAGAAGAGGCUGUAGAACCCAUUGCUGAAUAUGUACCUGAUGUACGGCGAAGAGCCUACUUUGCGAAAAUGAAAUGUGCAGAGCUUUCACCCGGAAAACUGUCCAUGGAUGAAGCAGCCUCAAUUACUCUCUACUCAAUGGAAUGGGAGCCUCAAGAGGAAUGUCUUUAUCAUGUUUUAAAUGAAACUUUGCGAAAUGAAAAGCGCCAAAAAUUGAAACCUUGGUUUCUUUUUCUCAAAUUAAUUCUUACUGCGCUGGCUCAAAUUCCAUCCAGCCUUUCAUUUGUUUAUCGUGGUGUCAAACAAGAUAUGAGAAAAGGAUAUCCCGAAGGAAAAACAUUCGUUUGGUGGGGAUUCAGCUCUUGUACAUCCAAACUCAGUGUACUCCAAAAUGAACAAUUUUUGGGUACGACAGGUCCAAGAACUCUGUUUACAAUCGAAUGUGAUAGUGGCAAAGAUAUUGCAAAAUAUUCUUUUUUUCAAGCUGAAGAUGAAAUUCUUCUUCCAGCUGCAAGACAAUUUAAAGUUGUGGCAUGCCUCAGUCAAGGCAAAGAUCUUUAUAUGGUACAACUUAAAGAAAUUCAACCACAAUAUCCUCUAAUUGAACUGGUACCAAAACCAUCACCAUCGCCAGGACCAAGACCAUCACCACCACCACCACCAAUGCCUAUGUAA